AUGGCGCCGAAGGCCCAGCAAAGUAGCGGCUUAAAGCGAGGUCGACAUAGCACUGGCGAGGACCAAGAGAUCAAGAAACCUCGUCGGUCUCAGCGAGUGGCAUCGCAGUCGCAGCCUCACACGAAGCACACUCCGAUCAACAAUCAGUAUCUGCCCUCACCAUUGACCAACCAAGAGUCAACAGCCACAGAAAAAGAUGAGAGAGGACUAUCACCUGUAAGAGGACUACGUGAAGCCACGCCAGUAGUCUCGUCGCAACAGGUCUCGUCACCUCCACACGACACUCAGCCCUUGUCGCAAUUUAUAUACCCCUCAAGAGACAUCGAACCCGAUGUCGAUGCUGAGGAAGACACGUGGGGCGUGCUGUACCCAUUGAAUCCCGAACUUGGCGGUAAACUCGUCAUGCAAAAGAGAAACUUCUGUCCAGCUCCGGUCAAGCCCCUCGAAGUCAGCAAGGAUGCCGUGAAGACAAAGAAGAAGUCGAAGAAGUCGCUCGUGGAAGACGAAGAAUCAUACGAAGCAACGAAGUGCAAAGAAGGCUUCCCGAGUGGUGGCUAUUUGAUUGGCCGGCAUCCUGAAUGCGAUCUGAUCGUUGACAUACCCACGAUUUCCAACCGACAUUGUCUGAUCUUCAGUGAAAACAAAGGUGGUAAUACGCGAGCGAUCCUCGAAGAUUUGUCGACAAACGGAACGCACAUCAACGAUCAAGUGCUGGGUCGCAACAAGCGGAGAGAGUUAGAAGAUGGCGACGAGAUCACCCUCCUGGAAGACGCGAGAUUCAUCUUCAGAUACCCGCGACACCAUUCGUCGUCGGGCUUUGGGCAACAGUAUCGCAUUCUUCAACAGCUGGGCAAAGGUCAUUUUGCUACAGUGUAUCUAUGUGUUGAGCGCACGACUGGCAUGAAAUUUGCCGUCAAGAAAUUCGAGAAGCGCAUGGGCGAGUCUCAGCGGUCGCAAACGGAAGGCUUGCAGCAAGAGAUUGCCGUGCUUAAAAGUGUCAGCCAUCCAAACGUGCUCUGCUUGAAGGAUACAUUCAACGAGGACGAUGGUGUCUACCUGAUCCUGGAGCUGGCAGCUGAGGGAGAGCUGUUCAACUGGAUCGUGACCAAGCAGAAAUUGACUGAAGAAGAGACACGGAAAGUCUUCAUUCAGCUUUUCCAGGGCACGAAAUACCUCCACGAGCGAAACAUUGUACAUCGUGACAUCAAGCCGGAGAACAUCUUGUUGACGGACAAGAACCUUGCUGUUAAGUUGGCAGAUUUUGGACUCGCGAAGAUUAUUGGUGAAGAGUCGUUCACGACCACACUUUGCGGCACACCGAGCUAUGUGGCUCCAGAGAUUCUGCAGAACACUAAACACCGAAGAUACACCCGCGCUGUGGAUGUGUGGUCACUUGGCGUUGUUCUCUACAUAUGUCUUUGCGGCUUCCCUCCAUUCUCCGACGAAUUGUAUUCACGAGAAAAUCCAUACACGAUGGCACAGCAGAUCAAAAUGGGUCGUUUCGACUAUCCUAGCCCCUACUGGGACCCGAUAGGAGACCCCGCUCUCGACCUGAUCGAUCGGAUGCUCACCGUCGAUGCCGACAAGCGGCUAACAAUAGACGAAUGUCUGGAACACCCCUGGACUCGUAACGUGGCCAACGGCCAUAUCAAUCCCGCCGACAGCACGGAUGGUCUGACUGGUGCGAUGGACGAGUUGGACUUCUCUAAGCGGAAGGUACAGCGACAGCGAACGCUGCUCGCCGACAUCAACGACAUCAAGGUCAGCAAGGUCGUCAAGAUCAAGGCCGAUGGAGCCCCUGGCAAUCCGGAGCCCCACACCAAGAAGGUGAAAGUAUGGGAGAAGAACCCUGAGGGGAAGUUGGCAACAGCCGAUCCCAACGUGAAGAAAGCGGUCAACGGCAAAAGCCAUUAUGGUGUCCACGAGGAGCAUCCAGCAGCUAAUCGCCAGCAAGAUGAGUUCAUGAAAAUGGGAGGCAAAGGAGACAUGCAGCUGUUUGGUGAUGAUGCUUCGAGUAGGUAUCUCCCGGAAGAGAUAUGGCGACCUAUGGGUCUUCAGGAUUAUGAGUAUCCUCCUUCGAUUCCGCGUCUGGAUAUAGCCACACCGAUAUGCGUCAAUGCGAUCUGGGACCUGUCUGGCUGUUUAUUACACAAAGAGCACAGAAUAUACUGUAUCAACAAGAUCAUGGCGUAG